AUGGAGAGCAGCAACGGCCUUGGCGCCAAAGUAGCCAUCCCUCGGCUCAAGCAGCCUGACCAGCAGACUGUUCUUCCGAGGCCUCCCUGUAUUCGUUCUGAGAGAGUGGAUAAGGCAUGUAAUAGAUGCAGGAAACGCAAAAUGAAAUGUUCUGGCACUAGACCGCGCUGUAUCAACUGCACGAAGUAUGACGAGGAUUGCAUAUAUCAUCUGUCGCGCCGGGACCGGCUAAGAGAGGCCACUUACAAGAAUGAAGUUCUCUCUAUACUGCUUAAAGACAUCUGUGGCGUCCUCGAUGACGAGUAUAAAAAGAGAGUUGAUUAUGUGCUUAAAGAGUUUGACAAUGACACGCCUCCACUAUCACUAUCCGUACACACCAAGUCAUGGAAGAAACGAUCGAUGACGUCAUCGUCUAAUGAAAUGAAUUGCGACAGGCAGGCGUUUGACUAG